AUGUCGUCGUCGAUCUCGCACCACCGCCCUGAUCAACAGGCCCAGAGCACGACAGUGCCAGCUUCUUCGAGCCCUUCACGGUCGCAACAGGCAGGCACGCGCACCGCUGGUGCUCCUCAUGCGGUGAAGCGAAAGGCGCCGCGCAGCUACGAGACGAGCGACGAUGGCUACAAGAGCCGCGAAACCGACGAAAAGAGCCGCGAAUCCGACGAAAAGAGCCAGAAAACCGACGACAAGAGCGGCGCGACCGACAACCAGAGCCAUGGCGCCACCGAUGACGAGGAAUACGAGGAGAUAGCCAUGAACGAGAUCCGGCAGAGCGCAUUCUUCAUCCUCGACCACGCUUCGAGGCGCCCGGGCCCAGGGCCCACCGGCAGCGAUAGCAUGCACUCGCUGCGCAGCUCCCAGGUCGAGGAUCCGGACUGGGCCGCUAUUCCCGAGAAGGCCUUCGUAGGGCGGGGAUCGGCCCUGCACUGCGAGCACUGCGGCUCGAGCACACACUUGACGCUCGGUCGCACGCCGAGCAUGGCGUCUCUGGCCAACAGCGGCAAUGAGCGCGCCGCCUUCGAGCAAUCUCGCCAACAGGCAGCCACGUCGGCGACUGCACUGCUCGGCACCGAGCAGGAAGGCGAGGACCGCCGCCGAGGCUGGCCAUCCCCUCCUCUGCAGGCCCAUCUACGCGCUUCAGUGACGGCCAACAGCACCGACAUGCACUCCGGAGAUGCGCGGGACGGAACGCUCAGCGGCCAUGGUCACGACCACGGCCACCCUACGCUCCCGCCUGAGGACACGUGGCAGCCUGUCAUGGCCCUCAUGGCCAGCCUUCAAGCGCUCGUACAGCCUGAUCCAGCCGUUGCGAGAAGCCCGCCGCUGACGACGCGCCCCGCGACGCAGCUGCGCCUUUGGAAGCCCCUGCCGCCGCCGCCGCCGACCGAGGUCACGUUCGGCCGCAACGAUCCGGCCAACCCGCAGACAUGGUCCAAGACGCAGAGGUGGUUCAUCACGGCGUUGAUGGGCGCCGCCAUGGUCAAUGCGACGCUGGCCUCGACCAUCGCUAACGGCGCGAUGACCGAGCUGGCCCCUGCCCUCGGCCUCGGCCCCACCGAGAGGCUGCUUGUGACGACGCUGUUUGUCGGCGGCUGCGUGGCCGGUCCCAUCCUCUGGGCGCCGCUCUCGGAGCUGUGGGGACGUCGCCCGACCUUCCUACUCUCGACCGCCGUCUAUGCACUGUUUCAGAUCGGCUGCGCGAGGUCGAGGGGCAAAGCUACGCUGCUGGCUUGCCGCUUCUUUUCCGGGGCGUUUGCGAGCUCGGCCCUCACCAACGCUGGUGGUGUCAUCACGGAUCUCUUUCCUCCCAUGGAGCGCGGAGCUCCCAUGAUUGUCUUUUCCGGCAGCCCCUUUCUGGGUCCGGUGCUGGGCCCCUUGAUCGGGGGCGCCGUCGUGGCCGUCGGCUCGUGGCCGUCCGUAUUUUGGCUGCUCUUCAUCGUCGGCAGCCUCCUGGAAGUGGCGCUGCUGCUGGCGUUGCCAGAGACGUACGCGCCGCUGAUCCUCACUCGGAUCGCUCACAAGAGGCGACGGUACGACCCGAGAUGGUACGGUCCCCUGGACCGCAUGGACAAGACUUUCCGCUCCCUCGUCACGGUCAACUUGGCUCGGCCCCUCGUCAUGGUCUGUACGGAGCCCAUCCUUGCAUCGGCCACCAUCUUCAUGUCCUACCUGUUCGCCCUUCUCUACAUCUUCUUCGUGUCAUGGCCAGCUAUCUUUGGGGCGGGCGGGAUCUACGGCUUCGGCGCCGUUAGCACCGGGCUUUCGUACCUGCCAAUGGGAGUCGGAUGUGGGAUUGCGGCGGCCUGCAUCCCCUUCUUCAACCGUCUCUACAUCCAGGCAUGCCAAAGGGAGAGGAAGCCGUGCCCGGAGGAGCGUCUUGUCUCGAUCUACCCGGUGGCCCCCUGCGUGGCGAUUGGCUUCCUAUGGGCUGGAUGGUCCGCAAGCUCUGGCGUCCACUGGAUCGUGCCGAUGCUGGCCGGGGCCCUGAUCGGGUUCGGAAUGGUGCUUGCCUUCCAGGGCUGGCUGACCUACCUUGGCGAUUGCUACCGCAGCUAUGCGGCUUCGGCGGUCGCAGGCACGGUCAUCGUGCGCUCGGUGGCGGGCGCGACGCUGCCGCUCGUCGUGAGCAGGCUGCUCUCGGCGCUUGGGGGCGUCGGCUGGCUGUACACCCUGCUUGCUGGCCUGGCGCUGCUCCUAACGCCGCUACCGUUCGUCUUUGCCAGAUACGGCGCGGGACUGCGAGCCAAGUCAGCGUAUCGGACGCCGUAG